AUCUUUGGCCAAGUCCAGCCUGUUCCAGGAGGGGAUUCUGUAAUUUCUUAUUGCUAUCAGGGGGGUUGUCGUAUUAAACAGAAUAAGAAAUUGGUAGUAGUUUUAUAUGAAUUCAAAAAUGAAGGUUAUUAUUGUAUUGUCCGCCGCUAUUACAUGUAUUAUAUUUCUCCUGUCUCGUGCUAAAACUGCUUCAGCAGCCAAAGGUCCGAAAGUAACAGACAAGGUGUUUUUUGAUAUCACUAUUGGUGGUGAAAAAGCAGGUCGAAUUGUGAUUGGUUUGUUUGGUGGCACUGUUCCAAAGACUGUCAAAAACUUUGUAGGCUUAGCAACACAUGAGAAAGGAUUUGGAUACAAAGGCAGUAAAUUUCAUCGAGUGAUAAAGGACUUCAUGAUACAAGGAGGCGAUUUUACCAAAGGUGAUGGCACCGGAGGUAAAAGUAUCUACGGAGAGAAGUUUCCCGAUGAGAAUUUUAAAAUCAGUCACUAUGGUGCUGGAUGGUUGAGUAUGGCCAAUGCUGGUAAAGAUACGAAUGGCUCCCAAUUUUUCAUCACCACUGUCAAGACGCCAUGGUUAAAUGGGAAACAUGUUGUGUUUGGAAAAGUAUUGGAAGGAAUGGAUGUUGUAAGAAAGGUAGAAAAUGUGGAUGCUGAUCAGAGUAAACCGAAGAAGGACUGUGUUAUCGAAGAUAGCGGUGUUAUCCCAGUUGAAGAACCUUUUAACGUCGAGAAAGAAGCAGCCAAGGAAUGAAUGACACAACGCUAUACUGUCAUACUGACAAUUUAUAAUUACAUGCGUACAAACGAUACAGAAUAUUAUGUGGUUUGCAGUGGACAAUUGUCGUUACAAACUACAGCUUUCUCUUCUAGCGAAUAAAACAAAUAUUAAUUUUCAGAACGAGACCAGGUUGUGAGUAACCAAAUGCUUUGUAUGCUUUUAUAUUGCGGGCGCUAAUUGUGACCCCAUUGCGGCGAAAAAUAUAUAGAAAAAAUGCGAACUGGAAAAUUACUUGAUGAUUUAUUUGCAAACUUUCAUCUUUUAUUAUGGUGUUAAUAAAAUCGUUAGUUUUA